GCGCGCCCUGCGCCUAGCCCGGGCUCGCUGAGCCGACCUGCGCUCGGCUCGGGCGCCGCUGGCGGCGGGGAGCGCGGCGUGGCGAGGCCGCGGAGACGCAGGGGCGGCGGUGCCGAGGGGACGAGCUGCGCACCUGGAAAGUUACCCGGCUGCCUGGUCUUUGAGCAAAAUGGGAAAUGGUUCAGUGAAACCCAAACAUUCCAAGCAUCCAGAUGGCCACUCUGGGAACCUCACCACCGAUGCCCUGCAGAGCAAGGUGACUGAACUGGAGAGAGAAUUGAGGAGGAAGGAUGCCGAGAUCCAGGAGCGGGAGUACCAUUUGAAGGAGCUGCGGGAGCAGCUGUCGAAGCAGACUGUAGCCAUUGCAGAGCUCACGGAGGAGCUCCAGAACAAGUGCAUCCAGCUGAACAAGCUUCAGGAUGUGUUGCACAUGCAGGGAGGAAGCCCGCUUCAGGCCUCUCCAGAUAAAGUGCCUCUUGAGGUCCACCGGAAGACCUCAGGAUUGGUCUCUCUCCAUAGCAGAAGGGGAGCAAAGGCUGGGGUGUCUGCUGAGCCAACAACCCGAACCUAUGACCUCAAUAAACCCCCUGAAUUUUCCUUUGAGAAAGCAAGAGUCAGAAAGGACUCCAGUGAGAAGAAGCUCAUUACGGAUGCCCUUAAUAAAAAUCAGUUUCUGAAGAGACUGGAUCCUCAGCAGAUCAAAGACAUGGUGGAAUGCAUGUAUGGGAGAAACUACCAGCAAGGGAGUUACAUUAUUAAGCAAGGAGAACCAGGAAACCAUAUCUUUGUGCUGGCAGAGGGCCAACUAGAGGUGUUCCAAGGGGAGAAAUUGCUAUCGUCCAUCCCUAUGUGGACCACGUUUGGGGAACUAGCCAUUUUAUACAACUGUACAAGGACUGCCUCUGUGAAAGCUAUUACCAAUGUUAAAACUUGGGCACUAGAUCGAGAGGUAUUCCAGAAUAUAAUGAGAAGGACAGCUCAAGCGAGAGAUGAACAGUACAGAAACUUCCUUAGAAGUGUAUCCUUGCUGAAGAAUCUACCUGAAGAUAAAUUAACCAAGAUUAUUGACUGCCUGGAAGUGGAAUACUAUGACAAAGGAGAUUACAUUAUUAGAGAGGGCGAGGAAGGAAGUACCUUUUUCAUUUUAGCAAAAGGAAAGGUAAAAGUCACCCAGAGUACAGAGGGCCACGAUCAACCACAACUGAUAAAAACACUGCAGAAAGGAGAAUACUUUGGAGAAAAAGCUCUUAUCAGUGAAGAUGUCAGAUCAGCUAACAUCAUAGCUGAAGAAAAUGAUGUCGCCUGCCUGGUUAUAGAUCGAGAAACAUUCAACCAAACAGUCGGGACUUUUGAAGAACUCCAAAAAUACCUUGAAGGGUAUGUGGCAAACCUGAACCGCGAUGAUGAAAAAAGACAUGCGAAGAGAUCCAUGUCUAACUGGAAGCUGUCCAAAGCACUCUCUCUGGAGAUGAUUCAGCUCAAGGAGAAGGUGGCCAGAUUUUCCUCAUCGUCCCCAUUCCAGAACCUUGAGAUUAUUGCAACACUGGGCGUUGGUGGGUUCGGAAGAGUUGAGCUUGUUAAGGUAAAAAAUGAGAAUGUCGCUUUUGCUAUGAAGUGUAUAAGGAAGAAGCACAUAGUUGACACUAAGCAGCAGGAGCACGUCUACUCAGAAAAGAGGAUCCUGGAAGAGCUGUGUUCUCCCUUCAUUGUGAAAUUGUAUCGUACUUUCAAGGACAAUAAGUAUGUAUAUAUGCUUCUGGAGGCCUGCUUAGGAGGGGAGUUAUGGAGUAUACUAAGAGACAGAGGCAGCUUUGAUGAACCCACCUCCAAGUUCUGCGUUGCUUGUGUGACCGAAGCAUUUGAUUACCUGCAUCGACUGGGUAUUAUCUACAGAGACCUGAAACCAGAAAACUUAAUUCUGGAUGCUGAGGGUUAUCUUAAAUUGGUUGACUUUGGAUUUGCUAAGAAAAUAGGAUCUGGACAGAAAACAUGGACGUUCUGUGGAACUCCAGAGUAUGUAGCUCCUGAAGUCAUUCUUAACAAAGGACAUGACUUCAGUGUGGACUUUUGGUCCCUGGGAAUUCUAGUGUAUGAGCUCCUAACGGGCAACCCGCCCUUUUCUGGGAUUGACCAAAUGAUGACCUACAAUUUGAUUCUCAAAGGAAUUGAGAAAAUGGAUUUUCCCAGAAAAAUAACAAGACGACCUGAAGAUUUGAUUCGGAGGCUUUGCAGGCAAAAUCCAACAGAAAGACUGGGAAAUCUGAAGAAUGGAAUCAAUGACAUUAAGAGACACAGGUGGUUGAAUGGUUUCAAUUGGGAGGGACUGAAAGCACGGAACCUUCCAUCACCCUUACAAAGAGAGCUCAGUGGACCCACAGAUCACAGCUACUUUGACAAGUAUCCUCCUGAGAAGGGAGUGCCUCCAGAUGAGCUGUCAGGCUGGGAUAAAGACUUCUGACAGAAAAAAAGAUGAUUACUGCCUGUCUACUACCGAAGAGGACUAUGAGCACCGAUAAUCCAACACUGAUAAUUUCUCUCUUUGGAGUACUAUAAUAUGUUUUGAAAGACCUUUAGGGAAAAGAAAUCGCUGCCCAUGGGCUGAGGUGGACGAUAGUGGGUAUGGAGGUGGUUCUAAAUUAUAAUAUCUCAUUUAGUGCUGUGAAUUAUUCAUAUGUUCCAUUCUUCGCUUUUCUCAAAUGUUGAAGGCUGUCCACAGUCAGAACCAUCUUUGUUGAAGGGGCAUAGUUUUCUCUGCAAUCUAUUGCUCCACCCCAGGCAGACUCAUCUCCUUUGAGUCCUAAUAAGGCUUACAAACUGUCUUGCCCUUGAGCAACUAACUAAGUCGUGCAAAUAGAAGGAAGAGAAAGGUGAAUUUUGCAAGGGAAGAUUUCCCUGCUCUCAACAACUCUGUGAAGUCAUUAUGGCGUCUUAAAGUGGUGGUUUGCAGAAAUCUCGUAGUCAGUAGAGCUCUUGAUUUUACCUGCAUUCAACCUAGAAACACAUUACUAUGCUUCUGAUACUAGUCUGGCGAAAGGCAAGUUUGAGUAUUUAGUCAGUAUUGACCACUCCCUAAAAUAAACGAAUUAAUUAAUCCAACCAAGUAAUUAUAUUCUAUUGGGGAACUUAGAAAAAAUAAACCAAUCAAAAAUUCUUUUUCAUUCUCCUGUGACCAGCUGUGAUCCCUCAGAGACUCUUCCAAAGGCUUCUUAGAGGUGGUUAUACUGUGUGGUAAGCGAUGGGCCUUGGGAAGGUUUUAUCUUAUAUACUAAAUGUUUUCACAAUCAAAGUAGAAAACACACAGCAACAAAAUUGUGAAGGCUUUUCCUUCCCAUGAAAUAUGGAAGAGGAAAUUCUAAUAGGUGAGGUUGCUGACUUUCAGACUCUCAGAUAUUUUGGCCAAUUCUGUGAUUGUUGCUAUUAAAAGACCAAGAGUAUGGAAGAACCACAAUUACUUUUUAAUGAAGAUCCCAUUGGCAAAUGUUGGUACACUCUAAUCACUGCUGUGUUAAUAACUCUUUUAAAAUACAUUUGAGUCAUGGAUGUGUUUAUGAUUUUAGAUGGUUAAGGCAGGCAAGCCGCUGGAGAAGUGAUGGGACUUUAGAAGUACAAGUCACCUGGCAUCUGCCCUCCUCCUGUCUCCUCCUUGCAGUCUUCCAAAUACUGAAGAGAAUAGUAGUUUCGAUAACAUUGGACACCAGUACCUACGAGCUUUACUAGUGAAUGUUUUUAUGUGUCCACCACCGUCACUCCCUUAUCUUCCUUCCAGAACGGAUGGGAAACAGGCUUUCUCUGUAACUUCUUGAUCUGGCAGAGUAAAAAUAACAUCUAAGUUAUUGCAUUAUUCAAGGUUCUGGUUCUAUUUUCAUUUGCUCAUCUUCUAUGGGAAAAGCAGCCUCUAUCCAUACCCCACCCGUAUAUUCAAUGUUCAGAGAAAGUCAGCUAUAUGCUUCCCAAAGAGUUAGACCAGAUAAGUAAGGCCCAACCCAAGAAGGUGCGUCCUUAACAAACUGAAUUCCCACAUUUAGAAUCCUUUUGCUGAACCAAAGAAUUUUUGUUUCCUGGAGUAGUAUUUUUAAAGAUUAUGUACUGUACAUAGAAGAACCAUUUUUAAUAGGAUUGACAUAACCUGCUUAAUGAAUUUCUAAGAUUUUUAAAAGAUUUUUAUUUGCAUUUGGUUUGUAAGCACUGUAUGUUUUUCCAUGUAUAUAUUUUUAAAUUACCCACUUAUAAAUGUAGGAAAUUUAUGUAUUGGGUGGAUAUUAGAACUGUACAGUUAUAAUAGUAAUGAUAUUCUCAAAGGAGAUUAAUAGUUGUAAUUCAAAAAAGGCCAACAUAUUUACAAAUAAAAACCAACUUAGGUUACUACAGGUUUAUUUUGCCUACGAUUGGCCAUAUCAAUGUGUAAUUGCCACAUGUGAUUUUAUUGUGUUUCUUUAGAAUACUUUAUAAAGAUGAAGAAAUGAGAGACUGAACUAUAAUAUGAUCCCAAUUCUACUAUUUUGUAUUUGGGUGACCUUGGGAAAAAUAACUUUACUUCUUUGAGUACCAGCUUUCUCAUUUGUAGAAAAAGGCACAGUAAAGUAAUACUACUUUAGAUGCCUGUUUUGGGGAUUAAAUAAGAUAUCUAGAGAGUCCUUUACUGAUAUCUGUGAAAUAAUCAAUGCUGCAUAGGUGAGAGCUACUGUUAACUGUCUCAGUUAGAAUUAAAGGGGCCUUAAUAACCAUCUAGUUCUGAAUCUUAUGUAUCAUUGGUAUCUGUAUGCACAGUUGUACCAAUUAAAUCCAGUAUCUAUCUUUUCCUUUUCUUUUAAACCAUGAAGUAAAGAUGGUUGAUCAAACUUUAGUGCAUAAGAUGAAGAGUUAACCCUCACCAAAAUGAAGUGCUUUAUUAAGAGCUCACUUAAAUUUCUAAAUUUUAAUUUUUUUAUGAAUUAAGGAGAUAUAUAUGUGUAUAUUUUUUUCCUUAGGAAAUUAUCCCUCUAUAUACAAACCCAUCAUAUUUCUAAUCAUUAAAUAAUUCUUAAGCUCUCUUUCCUAGGUGCAAAGCUAGUUUUUCAUUCUUGAGUCUCUUCUCUGUGGGGUCAACUUUUCAUAAUUAUAGUUUCUUAAUCAUUUUUUCUCUAAAUUUAAAAUAUAUGGAGGGAGGAGAAUGUAGUGGUGAAAAGGGAGGGAUUUGGAAUAAAAAAGAUCUGGGUUUGAAUUCUAGCUCUGCCCAGAUUUGUGUGACCUUGAACAACAAACCACAUCUUUAUUCAUUGGUAACUUGAGUUGCACAUGUAAAGCUUUGAAACGUUGGGCCAGAAUAUUAUUACUUGUAGGUCAUUGAUUAUAAACAUUUGGAAAUAAAUAUAUGCUUAUAUUUCUUUGGGCAUAAUAACAAAUCCUUGUUCUUUAUUGGCAGGCAUUGUACUAGAAGUAUUUAUACCAUUAUCUCAUUUGCAUAAAAUUCUAAAAUAAUUAUAAACACACUGACUGUUGACUGCUCU